GGGGGGAGCAAUUCGCUCCCAGUCGGGAGGUGCGGCCCGGGGAGGGGCCAGGAGCGGGAACGUGCCCGGUGCUGCCCAGCCUUUGUCUGCUGCCUCCGGAUGCACAGCCAUGGGGGAAUGGACCAUCUUGGAGAGGCUGCUGGAAGCCGCGGUGCAGCAGCACUCCACUAUGAUCGGGAGGAUCCUGUUGACCGUGGUGGUGAUCUUCCGGAUCCUCAUAGUGGCCAUUGUAGGGGAGACGGUGUACGAUGAUGAGCAGACCAUGUUUGUGUGCAACACCCUGCAGCCCGGCUGCAACCAGGCCUGCUAUGACCGGGCCUUCCCCAUCUCCCACAUACGCUACUGGGUGUUCCAGAUCAUAAUGGUGUGCACUCCCAGUCUCUGCUUCAUCACCUACUCUGUGCACCAGUCUGCAAAGCAGCGAGAACGCCGCUACUCUACUGUCUUCCUGGCCCUGGACAGAGAUCCUCCUGAGUCCAUGGGGGGUCCUGGAGGAACUGGGGGUGGGGGAAGCGGUGGAGGCAAGCGAGAAGAUAAGAAGCUGCAAAAUGCCAUUGUUAAUGGAGUACUGCAGAACACAGAAAACACCAGCAAGGAGACAGAACCCGACUGUUUAGAGGUUAAGGAGCUGACCCCACAUCCGUCAGGGCUGCGCACCGCGGCACGAUCCAAACUCCGAAGGCAGGAAGGCAUCUCCCGCUUCUACAUUAUCCAAGUGGUGUUCCGAAAUGCCCUGGAGAUUGGAUUUUUGGUGGGCCAAUACUUUCUCUAUGGCUUCAGCGUCCCGGGCUUGUACGAGUGUGACCGCUACCCCUGCAUCAAAGAAGUGGAAUGUUACGUCUCCCGGCCUACCGAGAAGACCGUCUUCCUAGUGUUCAUGUUUGCAGUGAGUGGCAUCUGUGUUGUGCUGAACUUGGCCGAACUCAACCACCUGGGAUGGCGCAAGAUCAAACUGGCUGUGAGAGGGGCGCAGGCCAAGAGGAAGUCAGUCUAUGAGAUCCGCAACAAGGACCUGCCCCGAGUCAGUGUUCCCAAUUUUGGCAGGACUCAGUCCAGUGACUCUGCCUAUGUGUGAAGGGUCAGGUUUUGGGAAGGCCUAGGGGUCAGGAGCCCCAAAUCACUGCUCAUGAGUGGCUUUAUCUGCCGCUCAUUCAUGUAACUCGUACCCCUGAGAUGUGAGCUCAGGCUGGGUAAGAGAAGAUCUUGUAUCAAUGGGAGAGGAGAGGAAGCAGAACCACUGUCACGUGUCACACCACUGGUUCUGCAGAGACAACUGGGUGGAGCGAUGAGACAGAUGAGUUGGACUUCUUUUAUGGCCCAGUCUGCUCUUGGCAACAGUGGACUCGCACAGAUCCCAAGUAGAAUGUAGCUCUGCUGAGCUCCGUAUCCUGGUGAAUGGCAUGAGUCAAACACUUCAUCGGUAAAGAAAUUGUGACCUAUCUCAAUACAUCCCUUCAUCCUGGGCUGCAGGAAAACAUCCUUGAGACAUCUUUCGUGUACCUCCCCCAACCAGCAUGCCCCUUUUCCUCAAUCCAGGAUAGCAUGCCAGCUGUUUUUCUGAAUCUGGCCUUACAGUAGUAGACCUAAUAUGGCUAAUCUGCAAGUUAGAGGGAAUGACAUGGGGUGCUUUGUGGAGAAUGGCCAUGCAGAGGUUUGCACUUCAGCCCUAUCCAACUGGCCCUUAGUCAUUAUGAAACCUUAGGAAUGUCUCAAUAUUUCCCAUUUUCUUACUCAGACUGCACUGGUGCUGUUUAU